GAAGUUGUAAUAAUGGUUAGAAUGAUGGGUUGGGAAGCUCCAAAACUAGGGUUGAGGAAAGGUCCUUGGACUCCUCAAGAAGAUAAGCUGCUUACUGAAUACGUUAACUUCCACGGAGAAGGACGAUGGACUUCAGUGGCUAGGUCUGCAGGCUUGAAUAGGAGUGGGAAGAGCUGCAGGCUUAGGUGGGUGAAUUAUCUGAGGCCGGGUCUUAAAAGAGGUCAUAUAACACCACAGGAGGAAGGGAUCAUUAUUGAAUUGCAUGCACAUUGGGGUAACAAAUGGUCUACAAUUGCAAGAUACUUGCCGGGGAGAACAGAUAAUGAGAUAAAGAACUAUUGGAGAACCCAUUUCAAUAAGAAGGAGAAGUCUUCUCUGAAGGAACAAAAAAGAAAAGCUCAGAUCCUAAAGCUAAAACAGCGACAGGAAAAACCAGAAGGAGGUGGAGAUGAUGGCAAAGUAAAUAGUGAAGCAGUAGAGAUGAUUGAUGAAUCGGGAGGGGAGUCGGGGAUGGUUUCCAUGCACCCUAUUUCAGAGUAUCAGUGCUUGUUUCAAGAGCCAGCUUCUUAUACUGCUGGUUGGAUAGAUCAGUAUCUGGUAGGGGAAGGGUUAUGGGAUGGAUUGUGGAACCUAGAUGAUCAGCCUGGUAAUUACUGCAACAAGACUGCCAUGCAAAACCAACCAAAUACAGCUUAUUAUAAUUAUUUUGGAGAGGAUGGAGGGUACAUUUUCUAA